AUGCCUCACCGUGUCCUCGAAGAAAUCCAAACCGGCGGAGAUUCAUCUUCUUCUACCUCCGGCGACGGUGGUAGCAAUAACUACGAGACGUUCGACAUCAACAAGAUCUUCGUCGACGAAGGAGAAGAAGAGAAACCCGACCCGAACAAGCCGUACACUCUCGGGCCCAAAAUAUCCGAUUGGGAUGAACAGAGAUCCGAUUGGUUAGCUAAGAACCCUAACUUCCCCGACUUCAUCGGACCAAACAAGCCACGUGUCUUGUUAGUAACUGGGUCUGCUCCAAAACCGUGUGAGAAUCCUGUCGGAGAUCAUUACCUAUUGAAGUCCAUCAAGAACAAGAUUGAUUACUGUAGGCUUCACGGGAUAGAGAUCUUCUACAACAUGGCUUUACUAGAUGCUGAGAUGGCUGGUUUUUGGGCGAAGCUUCCUUUGAGUUUCUAUGGUGGAUGGAUAGUGAUGCUAUGUUUACUGACAUGGCAUUUGAGCUUCCGUGGGAGAGGUAUAAAGAUUAUAAUCUGGAAUAAUCAAUGGGCGCUUGAUUUGCUUGAUACUUGGGCUCCUAAAGGGAAGAUCCGUGAGGAAGCGUGUAAGGUUUUGACCCGUGAGCUUAAGGAUAGGCCGGUUUUCGAAGCUGAUGAUCAUUCUGCUAUGGUUUAUCUCUUGGCUACUCAGCGAGACACUUGGGGAAAUAAGGUAUACCUAGAGAGUGGAUACUAUCUUCACGGAUACUGGGGGAUUCUCGUUGACAGAUACGAAGAAAUGAUAGAGAACUACCACCCUGGUCUAGGCGACCACAGGUCGCCACUGGUUACUCACUUUGUCGGUUGCAAACCCUGCGGGAAGUUUGGAGACUACCCUGUGGAACAGUGUCUAAAACAAAUAGUAAGAGCCUUUAACUUUGGUGAUAACCAGAUUCUGCAAAUAUAUGGUUUCACUCACAAGUCUUUAGCUAGUCGCAAAGUGAAGAGAGUGAGGAACGAGAGUAGCAAUCCGUUGGAGAUGAAAGACGAGCUGGGGUUGCUUCAUCCCGCGUUUAAGGCUGUUAAGGUGCAAACCAACCAAGUUUGA